GUUUUGGAAAUCUCCGAAGACAAAUAAAUAAACAAGAAAAAACACUAUUAUCAAGGAGAAUUGUUAAUCAACCAACCAAUCAAAAAGCUUAAAAACAACCAAUGAAGUCUAUUAGUCCAAGUCAACAAACCAAUUUUCAUCCUGCUUCCUUCACUAGUCUUGCACGUUUACAACUGCAGAAACACAGAAAAACAGAGAAAAAAUGAGAUCCGAAACAAUAACAUUAGUGUUAGUAAACUUAGCAGGAAUAAUGGAAAGAGCAGAUGAAUCAUUAUUACCUGGAGUUUAUAAAGAAGUUGGAGCUGCUCUUCAUACUGACCCAACUGGGUUGGGUUCAUUAACCUUAUUUAGAUCCAUUGUUCAAUCUUCAUGUUACCCACUUGCUGCUUAUCUUGCUGUCCGCCAUAACCGGGCUCAUGUUAUUGCUCUUGGAGCUUUUCUUUGGGCUGCUGCUACUUUCCUUGUUGCCUUCUCAUCCACCUUUUUUCAGGUAGCAGUUUCAAGAGCAUUGAAUGGUAUCGGACUUGCCAUCGUAAUACCAGCAGUACAGUCUCUGGUUGCAGACUCCACAGAUGACAACAACCGUGGUGCAGCCUUUGGUUGGUUAGCGCUUACAGGAGGGAUGGGUUCGGUCAUAGGAAACAUAAGCUCCGUCUUAAUAGCUUCAACAUCGUUCAUGGGUAUUCCUGGUUGGAGGAUAGCCUUCCAUUUGGUUGGAAUAAUCAGUGUCAUAGUCGGAAUUUUAGUCCGUCUAUUUGCCCAUGAUCCUCGCUUUGCAGAUGAAAUCGAAAAACCAAAAGACGAAAAUUCACAAAUAUCCUUUUGCUUAGAAUUUAAGGAAGUGUUACAAGAAGCAAAAUCAGUUGUACGAAUCCCAUCGUUUCAAAUACUUGUUGCACAGGGCGUAUCAGGUUCGUUUCCAUGGUCAGCUUUGUCAUUUGUACCGAUGUGGUUGGAGCUCAGUGGCUUUUCCCACAAGACAACUGCAACUUUCAUGACAAUUUUCGCCAUUUCUUGCGCUCUGGGAGGUUUAUUCGGAGGCAAAAUGGGUGACGUUCUUUCAAGGCCUUUGCCUAAUUCGGGACGAAUCAUUCUGUCUCAGAUUAGUUCUGGUUCUGCAAUUCCUCUAGCUGCUAUACUGUUGUUGGGAUUACCUGAUGAUCCUUCAAGCGCCUUUUCGUACGGUUUAGUGUUCUUUAUUAUGGGCCUCAUUAUAAGUUGGAACGCACCAGCAACGAACAACCCGAUUUUUGCAGAAAUAGUACCUGAAAAACAUCGAACAAGUAUAUACGCGUUGGACAGAUCUUUCGAGUCUAUACUAGCCUCAUUCGCUCCUCCGGUUGUUGGAAUCCUAGCUCAGCAUGUUUACGGAUACAAGCCAGUGACAAUAGGAUCAUCAGACGCUGAAUCAAUCGAAACAGACAGAGAAAAUGCUGCAUCACUUGCUAAGGCACUUUACACUGCGAUGGGAAUCCCAUUCACUGUUUGCUGCUUCAUCUACUCAUUCCUUUACUGCACAUACCCGAGAGAUAGAGAGCGUGCAAGAAUGCACGCACUGAUCGAAACAGAAAUACAGCUGAUGGAAGACGGUGUAAUUCCUCCAAGUGCAGAAGAAUCAGCACUUCGAUUUUCAGAUUCGUCUGAUAUGGGGUUAAAAGAUAGAAGUGUUAUUAGUAUCGAGUAUGGGGGUGAUCAAGAUCUUGAAUUUGAAGAAAAUGAGCAAAAUAAUCUCCUAUCAUCCCAAGUACCUCUGUCGAAUUUUAGAACACCAAUGUAAUUCAUUCAUAUUGAGGUAAGGUUUUUGUUUGGGAAAUUUACAUACACGAAUUGUAUAUACAUGGAUUUGAGAUUCAUGAAUGAUGAAUUGACGAUAGUACAUUGAUAAGCAUUAUUUUUUGAUACAUAAUAGUAGGGUUUUGCUUUAUUUCUC